AUGAUCGCUGAGGAGUCGCACGUGACGCAGCUGGCGGUUCAUCAUAAGGCGGAAAACGCCGCAAACCUGUUUCGGAAACCGCUUUGCUCUGAGCUGAAAGGCCUCAGUCCCGGACAAGCGAGAAUCUGCGAACUGUUCUAUGACCACAUGCCCCCGGUUGGCCUAGGCGUGAAACGAUCGAUCGAGGAAUGCCAACGGAUGUUCAAGGGCCGUCGUUGGAACUGCUCAUCCGCAUACGUGACGGAAAAUUACGGACCACUGCUCACAAUUGGUAAAGACUUUUACGAUCCGCUUCGUUCAGACUGUGGAUGUGCAGGCACUCGAGAGACAGCGUUUACCCACGCCAUUCUGUCUGCCGGUGUCUCGCACGAGAUCAGUCGCACCUGUCGUCUGGGUCUUCUAAGCAGCUGCGGCUGCAACCAGGAAAAGCGGCCGUCAAACCUUCACCGGUCAUGGGUGUGGGGUGGCUGCGGCGACAACAUCAACUACGGCUACCAGUUCACGCUGAACUUCAUUGACAUCUGCGAACGAGAGUACGACUACCCGAAGCACAGCAAGGAGUACGCCAGGUCACUGAUGAACAGGUGGAACAACGAGGUUGGAAGAAAGGUACACAAGUUUUGAAA